AUGUCAGAAGCAACCGCCACUGCUGAUAUUGAUGCUGUAGAAAAUACAACCACAACCACAACUACAACUACAACUACAACUACAACCACAAACAAUACAGAUAACAAUACAAAUAAUAUAAAUAUGGCAUCACCAAUAAAUAAUAAUAGUGGUUUAUUUGGUAACUUAAAUGCCAAUCCAUUACUAAAUACACCAGAGGAUAAUGAUUUAUUAGUCAAAACUGUAGCAGAAGGAUACUCACAUUAUUUAGGAUAUUCACAAAGUACCAAUGAACAAGCUAAAAAUAUAGAUGAUACCAUUGAAUAUAUGUUGGCAAGAAUUGACGAAUUUGGUGCAUUUGUUGAAACUAUUCAAACCGAUUCAGAUAAAACAGAAUCAAAAUUAAUACCAUUAUUACUCGAAAAAACUCAAGAGGUUCAACAAUUAUUUCCAAUCAUUGACAAAUUAGCAGAGUUAUCAGGUAACAUUAAUAAAAACAUUACAGUAUUAGAAGAUAGAUUAAACCAAGCUGAUAAGCAUAUUUCAACUUUAACUGGUAAAUCAAACCCAUUAAAAUGGGUAUUAUCACACAUUCAAAAAGAAGAAGAUAUUUUACAACAAAUUAAAAACUCACAAGAUCAAAAUAAUAAUAUUCCUAAAUUCGAACCAAUCAAAGUACACAACACAACCGAGUUUUUUAAACAAUUAAGAAAUCAAGCACAACCAAAUACCAAUAGCAAUAUAGUACAAGAUCAAGUAACUAAAGAAUAA